AUGACGCAAGACUUACUACCUAUUCAACCAAUCAAAAUCAGGCAGCAGCUUCGCGAAUAUUCCGAGCCCGCCAAACAGCACCAAACACGUCGGACAGGCCAAGUAUCGGAAAUUAGUGAGGAGGAUGGAUCCUUAUCACGCUCAUGGAAUAGUUUCGAUUCACCAGAACCAUCGGAUUCAUACAUCGAUGAAAUUAUUGGGGAAAAUGCAAGACAUUUGAGAAAGGGAAGAAAAAGGGCACCUCAACAUGCUCAAGGUCAAGCAGAUGUAUCCGGUAGCAUGGAUAUGAUUAUGAAGCUAAAGGAUGAAUAUAUAUGGCAGACUGCUGCGCAUGAUGGAUAUCCCCAUGACAAUUCACAAAAGCUUGAAUGGAAACUGAAAUCUGAUGGUGAAAACCAAACGUUGAAGUAA